AUAGUAGAACUUCUCCUCAAUCCCUGAUAUGUGGUGCCAAUGCUCCCAAGCAUCUGAAUGAAGCAGCCUCAAAAGUUGAUGUUUGCGGAUUAUGCAUAGCUUCCGUUUGCUUCUCACAGAGAACAUCAUAUGCCUUCUUUACACGUCCUGGAAGAUCACCAUAUAGAUCUCUGUUGAGAGCCCGCAUCUCAGAUUUAAGGGAUUUCAGUUUCUCAUGAAACCUUUUAAGAGCCAAUCGAGAAUGGAACAGCGGUGCAGAGGUGUUCCAGACCUGAGAGACCACAUCGAGGAACCUGGGGUGACUUGCGACGUGAUUAAAGAACUUAAAAGGUUUCAUAUUGCCACGAAGGAUGUCCCUGAGCUGAAUGUGCAUACGCAGAUGGUCAGAUACUCCACCCGACUCAAAUGUGACAUAAGAGAGAGAGAAAUCAGUGAUCCAUCGGCUAUUGACCAUAACUCUGUCUAGCUUCUUGCUGAUGGGGUUGUCGUCUUGACAGUUUGACCAGGUAAAUGAAGGGCCAAUCUGUGCUAGAUCCAUCAUGUCACAGUUCUGAACCAUGUCUUGGAAGUCUUUAAUGGCAUUCAUAUCCAUCCUGGAUUCUUGAGACCGUGAGUGUUCUUCUGGAGACAAGGCCACAUUGAAGUCCCCUUGGAUUAUCCAGGGGUUAUCACAUGUUUGAUUGCAUCGCUCGAGUCUUUGAUUAGAUAAAUUCUUAUAUUAAUCACAUGUUUGAUUGCAUCGCUCGAGUAACGUGGAUCAUAUAUAACAGUUUUGUUAAUAAUAGGAGUAAUGGUGUUGGUGACAUUUGGAGCUUAGAAUCAAAAGUUGUAAUUUAAAAAAAAAAACAUAACUAUGGGAAUCUUGUCACGCAGGUAAGAAAACCUCUUUAUCUAGUUUCUUUUUCUUCUUCUCUUGUAGACAUAUAUAUAGCCUAAUUUGGACCUGAUUAUAGUUGUUGUUGGUACAGUCCAACUUAUGGUAGAAGAUCAGAAGAUAAUGGCAUGAAGCUUCUUGCUACUGCGUUGUUUUCUGUGACUUUUGGCAUUCUACUUGGACUAUCUUUUCCAUCUUUGUGGAUCCCUAAGGUGAGUCUACCACAAAACCUUCUUCGUUCCAUUGCUAUCUCAAGUAGACAUUCAGAUAUUGCAGCUCCUGUACAAGCCACUGAUAUCUCAAAGAUAUGGGUUCCUUCAAAUCCAAAAGGAGCUGAGAGAUUACCACCCGGUAUUAUUGCAUCCGAGUCAGACUUGUAUUUGCGCAGGUUUUGGGGGAACCCUGAAGAGAACUUGAAAAAGAAACCGAGAUAUCUAGUAACAUUUACAGUGGGUUACGAACAGAGACAAAACAUAGAUGCAUGUGUUAAGAAGUUUUCGGACAACUUUACCAUUGUUCUGUUUCAUUACGAUGGAAGAACAAGUGAGUGGGAUGAUGAAUUUGAGUGGUCGAAGAAUGUGAUACACAUAAGUGUUAGGAAGCAGACAAAAUGGUGGUAUGCAAAGAGAUUCUUGCACCCUGACAUUGUAGCGCGAUACGAUUAUAUAUUCAUUUGGGAUGAAGAUCUUGGAGUCGAUCACUUUGACGCAGAAAAAUACUUACACAUGGUCAAGAAGCAUGGCCUUGAGAUUUCACAGCCUGGUUUGGACCCAGAGAUAUUGUGUACAUGGCAAAUCACUAAAAAAAGAGAGCAUGUUGAAGUCCAUAAGGAAGAAACAAAUGAGAAACCCGAGCGGUGCUUAGAUCCUCAUCAGCCACCAUGUGCUGCAUUUGUGGAGAUAAUGGCUCCUGUAUUCUCAAGAGAUGCGUGGCGCUGCGUGUGGCAUAUGAUUCAGAAUGAUUUGGUUCACGGUUGGGGUCUUGACUUUGCACUCAGAAGGUGUGUUGAGGAGCCUGCUUAUGAGAAGAUAGGAAUAGUAGACACUGAGUGGAUCGUUCAUCAAUCUAUACCUUCCCUUGGCAGUCAGGGAAAGGAAGAAGACGGAAUAUCGCCAGGGCAAGGGGUAAGAGAAGCUUGGUCUUGCCUUUUUUCAAGAACUUGUCAAGCAAGUAACUAGAUGUGUCUAUAUGUUUUUAAAACUUGUGUGGUUGUUGUUCAUGUAGGUGAGGGAUAGAUGUUAUAUGGAAUGGGUAAUGUUCGAGAAGAGAGUGGAUGAGGCAGAGAAGGAAUAUUUUAAAUCUUUAAAAGUUCAAACUCCAUCCAAUUCAACUACAUUGCAUUAGUAUCUGACCCUUUUUUUUAGCUAUGAGAUUUUUAAGUGCUUCUUCUCAACAUUUACAUACAAUCUUUAUAGAUAAUCUAAUAUAGACAUACCUUUAAUCAGAUUCUGUUAAAUCGUUGAAGAUGAUUAUCAAAUCACUUUUGCAACAAAAGAAAAGAUUGUCGAGUUGAUGAAACCGAACAUGUGUGUGAUCUCGGAGGAGAAGAAGAAUUGAGAAAGAUGUAGAGUGUGUGUGUGUGUGUUUCUUUGUGGGUUUAAAGAGCAAGAAAGAAGUGAGUGAAUUGGUUUCUUGCAAGCAUUUCUUUCACAGAACUUGUCUUGACAACUGGUUUGGUAAUAACCAAACGACUUGUCCUCUUUGCAGAUUCAUUCUCUAGUAGUAGAAGUAUCUUGUUUAACACUAUAUCCCUUUUCGGAUUUUGUUAUGUUGUCUAAUACAAAUAUCAGGUUUCAAAAAUUUCUUGUGUUUAUGUUUUAGAUGGAACUACUGUAUAUGCAUAAAUUCUGAUAUACCUUGCAUAUUUAUAUAUUGCAUUGAAACUGGUAAAUCAAGAAAUAUACCAAUUAAUAGUAUGUAAUGGUUUUUUUUUGAAACACAACUUACUUUCAUUCAAAUUUUAAACUUUUUCCAUACAAUAGAAAGAGGGAAUUAUCCAUUCUCUUUGGCCAUAAGCCAAAAAUACAACACAUAAGUAAACUAAACAAGAUAGGUCUUCAAACCGAAGAUGACAGCGAAUUCAAAACGAUGCUUGAAUGCGUCGACGGAGCUUUCACGACAACGUCGGACAGUAGUAUAAUAGUCACAUAAUGUGACGUUGAGGUCCAGACCUCAUCUACGAGAGAUACGGAAAUACUCUCGGUUGCAUCUUCUGGUCCCGUAGAGACCGCUCCGCAAGAUAGCAAGCCGAUGAGGAAACUGAAACAAACGCUCGACAACGAGGCUAAGGAAUAAUCUCUUUCCAUUGGAAGAGGAAAUGGUGGUAAGGUCUUCUCCUCGGAAGAGGAGGGUGGUGGAGAUAGUAACGGUUCCGAUGCAAUGACCGGUAAAAUCUUCAAUAAAGAUAUAUAUGACAUAAAGCUUGAGCAGUAGACCUCAGAGAACACAACCGAAAUCUUUAGAACACUAUUAAUGGACAUGGCCCAAACUUUUGAAUCUUGUUUGUCGACAUCCGACCAAGCAAGACAAGACGUGGCGAGGCGAAGGUGGUUGUCGGAGAUGGUGGAGAUGCUGGCAGAGGAGGGAGAAAAGACAAUCGUUGCUGAGGGGUUGUCCUCGCCGGAAUCUUUCGGAUCUGGUCGGCGAAUCAGUGGAUCCUCACGGACAAGGAGGGCCUUUUCGAUGGAGGCUGAGGCAGUGAAAUGGUGUUGCAAAUGAACGGAGGGGAGGCGCCGAAGAAGUUCAUCAAAUCGGAGGUGGUUGUGGGUCGCGAAGACGACGAGACCAGACGGGGUGGAGCAGAGAGAUAAUGGACCAGGUAACAAAGCCUUCCCGGAAUCCCAGGAAAAGCCACCUGUUCCGGUGGUUACGCGCUCAACAACCAUAAAUUCCGUCGUCGCCAUUAAUGUAAGAGAACGAACUAUGACAAAAGCAGAGUGUAGAAACGAGCAAAGUGAGGAGAGGGCGUCGUCGGGGCAAAGCAGAGAGGAGGAGGAGCAAAGACGACGUCGGCGAGCGCCGCCGGCAUCGAAAAUCGUUCUCAGAUCUGGUUUCUCGAUAAUCGGGCCAGAGAGGAAAAAAAAGUGAGUACUAUAUGGUUAUAGUAUGUAAUGGUUUAUUCCAUGCACCUUUUAGCUUAAAGGAAACAGCAUCCAUUUUGUUACAAUAACCAAAAUAAAAACAAGAAGAUGGUUGCACACCCAAAAAAAAAAGACGAGCACAAUAUACAUAGAUCAUUUAAUACAAUCUAUAUA